AUGAGUAGAGAAAAAUUUCGUGAAGAAUUAUUUUUGCCCGAGGCGAGAGAAGAACUGGCGAGGGAACAAAACCGUGUGGCGCUACUGAAAGAAAAGCCAAAGUUUAACGACACCAACUGCAUCCUCUGUCUAGAGAGGUUCGGCAUCAUCUUCCACCGGAAGCGGGUCUGCUACAGGUGCCAGCUCAACGUCUGCAACAAAUGUUGCCAGCCAAGAAGUAACAAGAAGGACGGGCUCAUCUGUAUGGUCUGCAUUAAAGAAAAGUCCUACAAGAUCCUGUCCAACCAAUGGUUCUAUGAGACCAGCCAGACACAAGACAAACACAUCGGCAGCUCCAAGAUCGUCCGCUCCUUGUUCAAGAGAAACUCAUCCAGCUUGUCAGACAUGGAGGCAGACAGCGGCUACCCCCACUCCUCCACCAAUUCGGCCCCCGCCAUCAAGACCCGCCCCCGCCUAGACCAGGUCUUCGAUAUCAACGUCAGACAUAGCAGCGAUCAAUCGGAUGGAGUUGAAUAG